AUGCACAUCGGCCUGCAGUCUGCCGUACAGUCGACCAUGCUGCUCCUUUUACAGGUUCUCACUGCGUACAUUGCCACGUACAGCGAUGUCUACGCCUGUCUCGCUUGGCUACCUGUGCUGAUUGAAAGUCUCUUUCUUGUAGACUACGAGAAGUCCUGCAGCUUGUGCCAGGCGUGGCAUUCAUCCAGCAGCACCCGCAUGCUUCCUGCUCAAAAUCAGUAUCCUCGUCCUCCCUCGAGCUUUCUUGACCCUAGCUGCUCCCUCCUCCCUCCUCCCUCACCAGCCCACACUCUUUCUACAUCAUCAACCACCACAGAGCUCGCAGAAGGCUAUGUUCGAAUUGCUCUAGGCAAUGUUCAAGUACAGCCUCUUUCGCCAUGGCGACUGCGUAUCAUCCUGGAGGGUAUUCGUGCGAUAGUUGCGUCGAUCAAAGCAGACCAGGUGGACUACAUCAACACCUCUAUCCGCAUCACCCUACUGCCACUUGUCGCAGGAUCAGCCAGCAACUGUCCACCACUGUCUACACUUCUCGGGUUCGCUUCCGUCGAUGCAGACCUCGACAGCACCACCAACGUUUCAAUGACUGAUGGGACGGAAGCAAGCUUAGGGUUGAAGCUAAGCAAAUCACCGGUCGAAGCAGCCCUUAAGACCAGCAGAACUACGACUGCAAGCUAUACCCCGGAUGCGCAACUGCGUGCUGUCAUUCUGCCGCAUCGAGCAACCUGGAUACUGCCGUGCACACUUCCAAGGCACAAGUACGAAGUGGGUAUCGACAGCCUCACAGUCGAUUGGCUCGGUGGAAAGCAAGGUCCCAUCGAUGGAUUCGCCCUGCGGAUCGAUCAAGUGGUAGCGAAGAACCGCCUUUUAUCGAGCUUUGAGACCAAGCUCCAUUCUCUCGAGCUCCACCUCAUCUACAGAGAGACUGCUUUACAAGACACGGUGGUUGUCGACGCUGACCAUCAACAGUCUACAGCAGACGACCAAGAACCACGGAGAUCAGUUGAAAACUUUCUGCUCUACUCGAAUGUCAAUCAGCGAAAGCAAAAGAUCGGACCCUGGGCGCAGGCUUUGGACGUACAAGCCACCUCGACUCUCAGCAAAGUCGCAUGGUACCCUACAGUACAUCAAGUCAAGGACCCUGCCUUGAUGCAGCUGUCACUUCGGAAUCGCGGCAUAUGCGUCAUUUUGGGACUAUGGCGAGGCUUCACGAAAUUGUGCAAAGGUAUCAAGGACAAAAUCCGACGCAUCUUGCGAGGAGCUGCUUACGGGCGUAUCGCCGUAGGUCAGCGGAAUCAUACAAACCAGACGCAAGAAGAUCGUGAGCAGGGCAUCUUGAUGCAGGGCUUGCAAUACCUUUGA